AUACACAAAUAUUUAUAUUUAUCAUACAAUUAAUAUUAUAAUUAAAUAUGUUAUAGAUGGCGUCGUCAUGUUGGACAAUUCUUAUUUGAAAAGUGGCAAAAUCUUCGGUCAAAUAGUGUGCAGCUUUCGGUACGGUCGAAAGGAGGAUGAAGUGAUGGGAUUGUGUUUUCAGAAAGACAUGUACUUGGCAUCGGCACAAAUAUAUCCUCCUCUUGAUGACAACCCAGUCAAGUUGACUAAAGUUCAGGAUUGUUUAGUGUCUAAAUUAGGGAGUAACGCCACGCCAUUCCGUUUUAAGAUUCCUGAGAACGCACCGGCAUCGGUAAUUUUGCAAGACGGGACAUCAAAUUUAGCCGAUGCAUGUGGUGUCCAGUACUACGUGAAAAUAUUCGCCGGAGAAUCUGAAACCGACCAUAACCGUGCAAAGAGUUUCGUGGCGAUGCGCAUCCGCAAAAUCCAGUUUGCUCCGGUCAUGCGUCCCUUGAGUAGACAUCCUUGCACCAUCGUCCGCAAAGACUUCAUGUUCAGUCCCGGCCAACUGGAAUUGGAGGCUGUACUCGACAAACAGGUAUCAUGUCCAACUUACUAUUACAAUAAUGACAUUAGCUGAUUAUACGCGAGUAAU